AUGGCAGCAAAACCACAUGCUAUAUCCUACCGUUCACCCAAACAUUUAUAUCCUCUAGAACUGGACCCUCAGAUUAAGACUGACACAGCAAAAGAACCAGUUAGUGCUCAGCCCCCUAGAAAACCGCAUACUAGUAGUAAGAAAGUCCUCCUAAACUAUGUUAGUAUACUAUGUUUAUUACCACUAGCCUUAGCAGAUAAUGAGACAACUUACGAAGAAACCACAAGAACACCUAAGGUCCCAGAUUGCACUUUAGACCACUGUGCUCCAUGGGCAUGGGAAUGUUGUUCUGCUUUACAAAAGACAGGUACAAUAUUGUGGUUAUGUGUGAUAGUAGCUUUAUUACCUACUAUUAUGAUGAUCAUAAAAUUGCUUCUUGGCGUAAUCCACUUUAUAUUUAACUUAAUCCACAAGUUAUAUAAAAAAGCCAUCCGACGACGUCGGAGUUCCUCUACCUAUACAAGAAGACGUAAUAUUAAACGACUUUUAAGUAAAGCCAGUGUGUUGAUGGUUAUCGUAACUUUGAUAACAAAAACUGAAAGUUGUUCUGAAGUAAAAUCUGUUUUGGUUCCUCAAGAAUAUUGUACACUUGAUGAUACCACUGGACUAUAAACUUGUAGUAUAAAACAAACAGUACAAUUAACGUUACUACCUAUCAACGAGACAAUCUGCCUAAAAGUAACCACUCCCACAAAUACCACGUACUUACUACAAUUUACCGCCACAGAAAUCCAAUACAAAUGUAAUUUCCAUGAAUGGUACUACACUCGAGAUUACAUUGCUGAUACCGAGAGUGUCCACAGAUGCGACCACACUUCUUCUUGUUAUGAAAGUACAUGUGAAGAAGUAGACCUCGACGAUGAAAUCGAUGAAUUUUCUAAAUCAGUACGGAAAGCGCCUAGUUAUUCUCAUUGUACACGAGCUUGUGGUGGAUUAGUUUGUGGAUGCUUCUUCCUAACACCAGCGUGCAACUUUUGGAGAUUGUACGCUUCUCCCAAUUUGACAUAUAUCUACCGGGUAGGACAAUGCCCCACUUGGACUCCAGUUGUACACUUAAUUGUUCAACAACAGAACACUACCAUUCCUCUAACCCUAUCUAAUGGGGAAUCAUACAAUCAUGAAGGAAUUACUUUUACUCUACAAUCUACUUCCCAACCACAAUUACCAAUUCUACAGCUACCGUUAAUAAUAAACGACGAUAAGGCACAGGCUAUUAUGACUGCCGCCUCUACACUUGGUCAACCCAUCGUAGGAAGUGUAGGUACUAUGCAAUGUGAUGAAAAAAGUGCUAGAAACUUUCGAUGUACAUUCCCUCAUGAGAUAUGUAACUGUAUACCAAGUGAUUUUGAUACGAAAUGCACUUGCACUUAUACCAAUCCAAUGGAAUUGUGGGAUUUACCGGAAGUCCGUCUACCACUUUCGUCAGGACCAGUUACUAUUAAUUAUCUCGACAAAGAAAUUACCAACAACAAUCCUCAAUCUUACUACAUGCAAAACUAG